CCAUGGUUUGUUACAUUUUAUUCCUCAGCCCGGGUGGCGACCACCACCACCAUGGUCAUCGACAGUAAGAAUGGGGACGUCGGGUCACUGCCUGCACGUCCCUCCAAGAAGACGUUGACUGACGACCUCUAUGCUACCUUCAGCUCCCCGCUGGCCUGGAUUUUAGUUCUGGCUCUCAUCGUUACAUGGUCUUGUGUUUUCAUCAUCAUAUUUGAUGUGAUGGACCACAAGGCCAUUUCAGGUCACCCACCUCCUGGCGUCAGGAAGGUUUUAAAGGAUUCAGGGCAUAGAGGAGGCCUCAGCAGGAUCGGCUCAGACCCCAUGAAAGCGCUGAGUGAUGCCAUGGAUGAAUCAGCAAACGUUAUCAGUGGAAUGCUGAAAUAUGCCGCCAACCUGAUCGCUCCCGAGGAAGAUGAAGGUACGUUCAGACCCACUCUAUGGUUGGAGGAGGAGGAGCAAGUGGAGGUGAAGAUUAAGAAAGCAAAAGGAGAAUUUCUGCCGUCACGAAGUAAAGUUAUAGAGAUGCAAGUAAAGAAAAAAGCACCAGUGGUUGAAGUUGUGGGAGAAGAAGAGGAAGAGGAGGAAGCAGAAGAGGGAGAUGAAGUGGAGGCUGUUGGGGAAGAGGAGGAGUAUGCAGAAGAGGAGGAAGAACUAGAGGAGGAAGAGGAGUAUGAAGAGAAGGAUGAGUAUGAGGAGGAGGAGGAGGAAGAGGAGGAGGGAGAAGAAGCUGUGGGUGAGGAGGAGGAAGAGGAGGAGGAUGAAGAGUCAGCUGCGUCUCCUGAUUUGGAGUCUGACACACCUGUCGAUAUCAAAGACAGUGACAAAGAAGCAGCUCUGCCCGAUGAAGAUGAUACUAGUGAGGAUUCAUUCAUUGACACCUCAGACAUCAGUGAAUCUGUACUUCUUUCCAGUGAAGAGGAGGAAGAUGAGGGUGUCACAACAUCUGAGAGCGAUGACAUCAUUGCAGAAGACAGUGAUGAUGACCUAGAGCAUGAGCUUCCUCCUAUUUCUGCUGCUAGUGAGGAUGAGGAAGAAGAUGAUGUCCGUAAACUCGAACACCUGGAAGAAGACAUCGAUGUCUCUGAAGACACUGAUGAUGAUCUGGACCAAUCAGAUGAGGACGUCUCUGUUGCCUCCUCUGAGCACUUUGCAGAUGAUGAAGAUGAAGAGGAAGCCAAUGAAGAGUCUGAUGGAGAAAGUGACGACACCUCCUAUGAAACAACUGAUGAUGAUGAUGAUGAUGAUAUCGAUACCAGCUCAGCUGAGUUCACCUUUGAUCAAGAAGAUGAAAAAAAGAUCAAAGAAAAAAAAGAAAUCACAUCCAAGUCUUUACCUAGUGAGGAUGAAGAAGAUGAAGAUGACGUUGAUGACAUCUUGCCAGCAGCUCCAGCUGCAGCAGCGUUUGCUGUCCAGGAGGAGGCAGUAAAGACUGAGGCAGACAAGGAUGAGGAAGAGGAGGCGACCAGUCAGGCUGAUGAUGAAGGCAAGACUGAGGAAGCUGAAACAGAAGAAACUGUAAUCAGUGACCUUAUUGAUGAAUCCACAUUUGAGCCAGCGCCUGCCUCCAUCCCCAGUUACCCGUCAGCCGUCUGCUCCUGA